UCGAAAUCGAUGCCCCAACAACAUUUAUAAUGCUCUUAGUGAUGUGAAGAACGAUGCUGAGUUGACUUUUCCUCCAAAUGAGACGAUAUCAUGAGCAGUCGAAUGAGAACUGUCUCGUUUGUUGAAAGAGUUGAGUUUGACUUUCAGGGGAAUCUAUUCAACCAGGCCAUUGCACUUGGGGAUGUCGACAAUGAUCAAUUGAAUGAACUGGUGGUAGGAAAUAUAGAUGGAGAGCUUUCAGUCUUCAAAGGUGGUGAUUUACAGAAACCAUGGGCAAGAGCAUCAGACUUAGGGACGAUUACCUGUGUGGGAGUUGGAGAUGUUUGUAAUACAGGGAGGAACCUUUUAGUAAGUCACAGUUCUGCUGGUGGAUUUUACCUGUUUGACUUCCGGAAAGAUAAAAAGUCACAGGAGAGUCCAGUGCUAGAUUCAAGCCAUAAUUCAUCAGGAGAUGCAACAGACGCUGAGAUGAAGCCAUGUCAUAAACAAAAUUUGCCUGCAAAUAGCAAGGUGAUGAUAAUAGCAGAUGUGGAUGGAGAUAAUCAUGUUGAGCUUGUGAUAGGAUAUUCUGAUCGUAUGGUUCGGACAUUCCGCUGGGUUGGAAGCAGGGAUCUUUUAGACCCAAGUUCAGAUCUUGCAGGGAAAUUUGAAAUGGUUGAUAAAUGGCAGCUUGCUGCUCAGAUUGGUGCUAUCACUCUCCACACCAACACUGAAGGGAAAACAUGUCUGAUGGUUGCACAACCUGGGGGAACAUAUGUGACAUUAUAUAGCAGUGAUGGAGGCUCCUUGACACAAACAGACAAUACAUCAGAGAGUGAUCGGUCAGUCAGUCCUACCCUGACCUUCCAUCCCUUGUCCUCAGCCAGAGCUAGAAACCCUGGUGUCACCACAGAAAUUGUUGGAGACAUUCAGAAGCCAGGUGGAGUGGAAGACAAAGGGACAUUUUAUGCACUAUGCACACUAGAUGGGACACUGAUGCUGGUAGAAGAUGAUAAGAUCCUGUGGUCAUUUCAAGUAGAUCACCAGUUAUUUGGGCUGACUAAAUUGGACUUUACAGGUGAUGGUAGUGAUGAAGUUAUUGUGUGUUCAUGGGAUGGACAGACAUAUAUUGUGAACAAUUCAAAUCAAGUGGUGCGAUUUCAGUUUGAAGAGGAUGUAGCAGCAUUCUGUGCAGGUUUCUAUUCCGUGAAUGGAACAAACGUGCCCUGCCUUAUCUAUGUGACAUUUAAUAACAAAAUUUAUGUAUACUACAAUAUCCGAAUGCCACAGAUUCAGUCUACCAACUUACUGGAAACAAUGCAAACCAUGCCAGAAACAAACGAUUUACUCUCUUACUUCAAUAUUGAUGCUUCUGAUCCAAGCCAGUUAAAGAAUCUGUAUCACUGGUGUCUAUAUGGGAAGCAUGAUAAACCAGUAUGAUUAGUAUUCAUGUGGCACUAAAUUUUAAAAUUUUAGUGCAUUCUGUCAUAAAGGAUAUUUUAAAGAUUAUAAAUGCAUAAAUACCAGCAGAGAUUUUAAAAGAGUUGCAGGUGCAAAUACAUUUCUUACACUUAGGUUAAUUACUGUUGAAAAGCAUAUCUUGAUUGUUAAAGAAAAUAAAUGGUUUAUGUGAUAUUAUGUUUAAAUGC